ACAACUAUCACUCAAUGCUUUCGAAAUUAGCACAACGUCAGUUCGUUAGAUUCUCCUCGCACGGCCCUACCACCGCCUCCAAGCUCCUCAACGAGCCAGCCUUCCAUCCUUCCAAGGUCAGCAAGGCCGCCGGUGAAGCCUUCAAAAAGGCCUCCCAGGAAAAAAUGCACCACUCGGUGGGAAUCACCAAGUUAUGGAAAAGAAUAACCUACUUCGUGGCCUUCCCUGCCUUGCUUCUUACCGCCAUUCCCGUGGGAAAUAUCGAGUUGAAGCAUGCGGAGCACAGAGAGCAUUUGAGACACUUGAGUGAUGAUGAGUGGCCAACUCAGUACGAUUACCAGAACAUCAGAGCUAAGAAGUUCUUCUGGGGAGACGGAGACAAGACCUUGUUCUGGAACUCGGAUGUUAACAGAAACAUCGAGGCCUAGUAUGCAUAGUAUAUGGAUAAUAAAUGUAAGAAAGG